AUGGAUUACAAGUUCAAGAACUUCGAUGUAAACGCUGACCCUCCAAAGGACCACUACUUCAUGAAGCCAAAAUCACUCUCUGACAACGCCACCACCACAUCAAUACGACCCAAUUUAGCAAGAGCAAUCUACAAAGAAUGGAGCAUACUGCAAACAAGUCUACCAGACUCAAUUCUGGUGAGAGCUUUCGAGACAAGAAUUGAUCUUAUGAGAGCAGUAAUAGUGGGUUCAGAGGGCACUCCUUACUACAAUGGCCUCUUCUUCUUCGACAUAGGAUUCCCUUACAACUACCCAAACGACCCUCCUACUGUCGUCUAUCAUCCUCGUCCAGGUCUCUACAUGAACCCAAAUUUCCAUUCAAACGGAUUGGUUUGUCUCAGCAUAAUAAACACUUGGCCAGGAAAUCAAGAUGAGGCCUGGAAUCCACAGAAAUCAACAAUUCUUCAAGUACUGGUUUCGAUCCAAGGUUUGGUUUUGCAUGAAAACCCGUAUUUGAAUGAUCCAAACAGUGUCCAUCCAUUCACUACCAUUGAAAUCUGUAGAUUCAAUCGCAAGCUUUUCGCCAGAACCCAUGAGUCCAUGCUUUAUAUGCUCAGAAACCCACCUGACCAAUUCCAAUAUUUUGUUGCCAAACAUUUUGAUUCGCAGGCGAACAACAUUCUCAGCAACUUCAAGAUGAGACUGAGAAGCAACUCUAUGAAGGCAUUGUUCCUGGAUCUUGCGGAAGCUUUUGAGGUAAAUGGGUCAGACUGUAGAGAAGAGAUUGACCAAGUGAAGAAGAUGGAUAAGGUCAGGGGAUCCAUAGCUGUGAAGAUCGUGGACAAAUUGAUGUACUUGCUGUGCUGCGAUUGUUUCUUCGAGUUUCUAUUCUCACCAUCAUAA